AUGCCCUCUCUCUCUCUUCUUCUGUCUCAGUUCUCUCUCUUCUUUCUCUAUUUGACCCAAUGAAAAUUAAGAAAGACAGCCUUGCGCUAUAGAAUUGACAGAUCAUUGACACCCCCGCCCCACUCUAACGCAACAACUGUUCUUCUUUACUAUUUAGAUCUCUCAUCAGGACUCCACCCGUGUUACAAUCUCAGGUGUUACUUCAUCUUCAUCACUUUAACUCUGUGUCCAGGAAGGAACCCAGAAAGAUUCCGAUCACAUGAACAACUUCUUACAUUUACUUCAAUAAUUGUCAAAUUUCGAUCUUAUUAUUAUUGCCACCAACUAAGAAAAAUGGAAGGAGCCGAUGGCACGGUCAGGUUAGGGGCUCUCAACAUGAAGCCCGAUCGAGGGUUUAAUUUGGAGCCCGAUAUCUCUGUUUCAUCACCGGUUACUCGGCAGAAAGCUGCUGCAGCUAAGCAGUUUAUUGAGAAUCACUACAAAAAUCAUCUACAAGGCUUGCAGGAUCGUAAAGAAAGGCGUCGAGCUUUGCAGAGGAGGGCGCAAGAGGCGAAGGUGUCAACUGAGGAGGAAGAACAGAUGCUGCGGGAUUUAGAACGACGGGAGACUGAGUAUAUGAGAUUGCAGAGGCAUAAAGUUGGGAUCGAUGAUUUUGAACAGCUGACUGUCAUCGGCAAAGGCGCAUUCGGGGAGGUGAGGCUUUGUCGCGCUAAGAACACUGGAGAGAUAUACGCAUUGAAGAAACUGAAGAAGUCGGAGAUGCUUAGCCGUGGACAGGUUGAACAUGUUAGAUCAGAAAGGAACUUGUUGGUGGAGGUUGAUAGUCGAUGUAUUGUAAAACUCUUCUAUUCUUUCCAAGAUUCAGAUUUCUUAUAUCUUAUAAUGGAGUACCUACCUGGUGGUGAUAUUAUGAACUUGUUAAUGAGAGAGGAUAUUUUAUCAGAGGAUGUUGCAAGAUUUUAUAUUGCAGAAAGUAUUCUUGCAAUACAUUCAAUCCAUCAACACAACUAUGUACAUAGGGACAUAAAACCAGAUAACCUGAUAUUGGACAGAAAUGGUCAUUUAAAGCUGUCAGAUUUUGGUUUGUGCAAGCCCCUAGAUGAUAAAUAUUCAUCCUUGUUAUUGGAAGAUGCAGAGCUCUCUGGCGGCCAUGACAAUAUAUGUGGUGGUGAAGAAGUCCCUUGGUUAAUGGAAAAGGAGCAAUUACAACGAUGGAAACGUAAUCGCCGAGCUUUGGCAUUUUCUACUGUUGGGACACUUGAUUAUAUGGCACCUGAAGUACUUCUGAAGAAAGGAUAUGGAGUUGAGUGUGACUGGUGGUCUUUGGGAGCCAUUAUGUAUGAGAUGCUUAUAGGAUAUCCCCCCUUUUGCUCAGAUGACCCAAGGAUGACAUGCCGCAAGAUAAUUCAUUGGAAAACAUGUCUCAAGUUUCCUGAGGAGCCAAAAAUUUCAGAUGAUGCUAAGGAUCUAAUAUGUCAUUUGCUCUGUAAUGUCGAAACAAGGUUGGGAACAGGAGGGGUGGAAGAAAUUAAGGUACAUCCAUGGUUUAAAUGUACCAAUUGGGAUACAUUGUAUGAAACAGAAGCUGCAUACAAGCCCAAUGUUUCUGGAGACUUGGACACUCAAAAUUUUGAUAAGUUCCCUGACGUAGAAGAUCCUCCUUCUGGAGGACCAAGAGUAGGACCAUGGCGGAAGAUGUUGACAUCAAAGGAUGCUAAUUUCAUAGGAUAUACAUUCAAGAAAUCGGACAUGGUUAAAUCAGUCAGAACAUCUGGCAUGGCAUCAAUAAUAAAUGGUUCUUCUGCUGCUGCUGUACCAUCUUUGACAACAUUAUUAGGUAGAAUGGAUCUGCCACUAGAAACAGUGGGUGAUGACAAAAAGGAAGAAGCAGAUUUUGAGGACAAGCCAGUAAUAUAAAUUACUUGAGUAAGAUGAAGCAGAUUUAGGAUGUUCCUGAUUAUAUAAAUCUCUCUUUUUGUUUUUAUUUUUGUAUUCUUCUUCUUGCUUCAGUUGAAUGAAUAUCCAACACAAAUUUAUUUGUAAGUAGUAUUAUGAGUGGAGUGCAGUUAGUUGUACAGCCGGUGCAGUGCUAUUAACAUUCCUAUUUUAGACAUACUUUUCACUUUCUAAG